AUGGGUCUGGCACAGGCGAAGACACGCCGGAAGAUCGGCAAGGAUCCCAACAACACGAAAUGGACCAAGGACCUCGACUCCUUUGGCCAGAAGAUCCUGCGAUCACAGGGUUGGGAACCCGGCCAGUACCUCGGUGCAAAGGACGCAGCGCACGCGGUGCAUCAUACGGCGGCCAAUGCCUCCUUCAUUCGCGUCGCCCUUAAGGAUGACAUGCUCGGUCUCGGUUUCAAGCAGGCAAGGGAUGACAGGGUCACCGGCAUGGACGUCUUCUCCGACCUCCUUGGACGCCUGAACGGCAAGUCUACCGAGGUCAUUGCCAAGGAGCAGGAGGCCCGCACGGCGCUGAAGAGCACGCUGUACUGCGACAACAAGUUUGGACCCAUGCGCUUCGUUAGCGGUGGAUUCCUCGUCGGCGACAAGAUCAAGGAGGAACCCACGGCCGAGGCGAAGGAGAAGAACGAUAGCGACAGCGACGACGUCAACAUGGAGGAUAUCCCCGAAUCGAGCAAAAAGUCGAAGAAGCGCAAGGCCGAGGAGUCGAGCGAAGACGAUUCUUCGUCUUCUGAGGACGAGAAGGCGAAGAAGAAGCGGAGGAAGGAAGAAAAGAAGGAAAAGAAGGAGAAGAAACGCAGCAAAUCAAAGUCUGCGGCCAAGGAGGAUGCUUCCGAAGAUACCCAGGACGAGACGGCAGAGAAGAAGGCGAAGAAGGACAAGAAGAAGAGCAAAAAAGCCAAGAAGGAGGCCGCCGACAACAGCGACGAAGACGAAUCGUCAGACGACAAGUCGUCAAAGAAGAAGCGCAAGGGCGAGACGGAUGCCGAGAAGGCUGCAAGGAAAGAGGAGAAGAAGCGUCGCAAGGAGGAGAAGCGCGCGAAGAAGGCGGCGGCAGCGUCAGCAUCAGCGUCAACAACACCGACGGCCAGUGGUACGUCGACGCCGGUGCUCAGAGGCCACCACGCCGUGAGGUCACGGUGGAUCGCGCAGAAGAGGAUGGCGACUAUGGAUGACAAGGCAUUGAACGCGAUUUUCAUGGUCAAAUCGCAAUCUUGA